AUGACUAAGACAAGCGCCAAGCCUAAGACUAUAAUCGCCGAGAUCGCAACAAGGACGAUCGUCGCUAUAACGAUCAGCGCAAUGACCAGAAAGAGUAGCCUAAGGCGGAAGUUCGACAAGCGUAAACUGGAGACUCCCAAAGUUACGAUAUACCAAGUUAAGGAAGCUCCGGCCCUAGAAUCCAACGACGGCAUCGAUAGCCCUCUAGGCAACUAUACCUACCUUCAUAUCGCUAUCUAUGCAAAGGAAGAGGGCGAAGAACUAGAAGUGUACCUCGACCUAGGAGCUAGCCGUUCAAUCAUUAGCUACAACCUAUUGAACCUACUCAACUACUCUAUCGAGCGCUAUAAAGGCAAGCUAGUACGGAGGAUAGUAGCCACUAUUAAGAACACCUUGUACAGCAUUAUCAAGAUCCUAAAGCAGUACCUAGUAGGCAAGAUCCACGAGUACGAGGAUAGCGGUUUCCUAUGUAGACCAACGACCUCGACGAACUAG